AUGGAGACUCAGAGGGCCAGCCUUGCCCUGGGGCGGUGGCCACUGUGGCUACUGCUGCUGGGACUAGUGGUGCCCUCGGCCAGCGCCCAGGCCCUCAGCUACAGGGAAGCUGUGCUCCGUGCUGUGGAUCGCCUCAACGAGCAGUCCUCAGAAGCUAAUCUCUACCGCCUCCUGGAGCUGGACCCGCCUCCCACGGCUGAUGGCGACCCGGACACCCCGAAGCCUGUAAGCUUCACAGUGAAGGAGACCGUGUGCCCCAGCACGACCCAGCAGCCCCCGGAGCAGUGUGACUUCAAGGAGAAUGGGCUGGUGAAACAGUGUGUGGGGACAGUCACCCUGGACCAGUCCAAGGACCAAUCUGACAUAAACUGUAAUGAGGUUCAGAGUGUCAGGAGAAUUCGUUUCCGGCCUCCACGUUUGCCAAGGCCAAGGCCACGCCCGUGGAUCCCGCCAAGGUUCCCCUUUCCAAGGAUUCCCGGAAAACGGUGAAGGAUUGCCUGAUGUCAUACCCAUUAAGGGCUUUUGGUGAACCCUGAGCCCAGGGAAGAGUCCUAAGGGUCUGAUAU